AUGGAAGAGAACUUCAAUGUUUUAUGGAAGAAAACAGACACGUCUCAUACAUGCACCAUUCAAGGUUUUCCUAUAUUGAACAUAAGAAGACUCGAAUGGUGGUGGAAGAAGAAGCCUCGUCAGCGUGCAUUAAUUAGAUAUUUGACUUCAUGCAACAUUUUUAUGGCUGGGACCAGGGUUGGAACAUGUCCAUCAAAUGUUGAAUCUUGA